AUGAAAACAGAGUGGGGUUUUGCCCAAUUACUCCCGCUCAGUACUUUCAAUGAUGCUGAUAACGGAUACCUCAUCUGCGACACAUGUGUUUUUGGAGCAGAAGUUUGUGUUAUAAAUUAUACUAGCAGAGGACAGUCUAUAAAUAUACUGAAGGAACGUAACAAUACUUACACCUGGAAGAUUGAUAAUUUUUCAUCUCUAGAUGGUGAAAUUCAUUACUCUGAUAACCAGGAAUUUACGGCUAUAUCCCAAAGGAAAUUUAACUGCAAAGGAUAUCCCAAAGGAAAUUUAACUGCAAAGGAUAAAUGCCAGUCCCUCAUUUUAGGUUUAAAUGAUUUGAAAACCUUUCCUUCUGUACGGAAAACAUAUGCAAAAUUCAAGAUGCGCAUGAGGAACCAAUACCAUGGCGAGCAUAUGGAAAUUGAAGGUUACAAUUGUUUUACCUCAAGCUCCAUGGCCUGGGGUCCAUCUUCAUUCUUGUUGUUAACUGACCUCCAUGAUGCUUCUAACGACUUCCUUGUGAAUGAUACUUUAAUUGUUGAAGCCAAAGUUAGCGUCUUAUCCACAGGGCAGAAUUUCUCCGUGAAACUGUCUCCCUACCCAAAUGGUGAUGAAGAAAGAAACGGGGAAGAAUACAUCUCUCUGUACUUGGUAAUUGCAGAGACAAAUAAUUUACCUCCUGGUUGGGAGGUCAAUGUGAGCUUCAAAUUGUUUGUGUAUCAUGAGAUUCAAGACAAGUACAUGACCAUCCAAGGUAGUUAA